AUGAGUAGCACCAAGAAGAGAGUCUCGACGCGGAGGAAGCCCACCUCAUCAGCCCAACCAGCAUCAAAAGAAAAACUUAAUGCUCCCAAAGCACUCCCCCCUGCGAUCAAAGAGAAGGUCGAGAAGAGGAAGAAGAAGUCAGGCCGGAGGACGUCGAUCGAUGCGGAUUCAUCAGAUCACAACGAAUCGACAUCCGAUCACGACCAUCCUAAUCAUAAUGAAGAAAGUGGCCUGAGCGAUCAUCAUUCCGCUUCGUCUAACGAGGACCAAGACUUCACCCCAAAAUCUACCGCAAAAGCCACGAAACCACGGCCAAGCACUUCGAAAGAUCCGAAACAAAAUGCUCAAGUUGAACAAGACGGCAAUGAAACCAAUCAGGAUAAUCCAGGACGCGCUGCGAUGCCUCAAGCAGAAUAUGAAAUCAACCAAGAUAAUGACCUCUUCAAUACGAUCCGCAUGGGUGCUUCUGCCAUCCAACCGACCCUCGAAGAUUGGAUCGAAGUUUAUCAAGGCUCGGGAGAAGAUGAUGAAGACGCGAAGGGCCAGGCUAUCUCUCAGUUGAUCAACUUUAUCCUACGGUGUUGCGGAUGCAACUGCAGUAUUGACAAGCACAAAGCAUUGGAUAUCGAUGCAGUCACUGAGACUCUCGAUACUAUCCAAGAAAAUUUCAAGAAAGUCCCAAGCCAAGCUUAUCCUCUCAUCGUCAAGUCCGGAAAAUCCUUCAGACACACUUCUACUGUAAUCAGUUUGUUCGGCUUCGUUAGUCCAAUGUGCGAAAUACUAGUUAGUGCCAGGAAGGAAUUGACUAGCCUGAGUAGAAAAGUCGAAGUCGAAGCUGCGAAAAAACAUGCCGGUUCAUCUAAACUCGAGCAACUAGCCGAAUGGCAGAAACGGAAAAAGCACGUGCUUCAAGAAAAAACCGCGCUUGAAAAUUUUAUCAGCGAGUUUUUUGAUGGGGUUUUUGUUCACCGAUAUCGCGACGCAGAUCCGAACAUCCGGGUAGAUUGUAUCCAAGCCCUCGGGCAGUGGAUGGCCAUGGUACCGGACUAUUUCCUCGAGGGCAACUACCUACGAUACAUUGGAUGGGUUUUAACUGACAGUCACAAGGAUGCCCGGAACGAAGCCUUGAGAGCUCUAUGUACCCUUUAUUCCAAGGAAGAGAACAUCGGGGUCAUGCAGCAUUUCACUUCGCGUUUCAGGCCGAGACUGAUAGAGAUGGCAACGGGAGAGAGCGACUUCACUACACGAUGCCUGUCUAUCAAUAUCGUGACUCAGAUCGAUCGGCAUGGACUGUUAGAUUCAAGGCAAAGGAAGCAACUUGGACGGCUGAUCUAUCAUGAAGAUUCCAGGGUCCGAAAAGCUGCUAGCGCGUUCUUCGCUAAUAUGUUCGAAGAAGCCUUUGAGGCUCGAAAGACGCGCCUCGAUGCCGUCACUCAAUCACCGAGUAAGAGCAGAAACCCCAAACAGAAAUCGCGUGCUGCUGAAUUGGAAACACAAAUAGCAUUUAAGUGUCUAGCCCAUCUGUUGAUCAAGUUGGAACGAGAAUCGAAAUCAGACACCGCCGCAGGGGGUGACGGCCAAUCGAGCAGCUCGGAAGACGAAUUUGACCAUGAUGAAGAUGACCCUCAAAUCGCUGGUCAGCACUCCGGCUCGCUGUACCAGAACGAUUUGGAAAAGGGAAGAAUCGAUUUCGCUAUUGAGGAUCUUUGGCCACGAGUGGAAGUCCUACAUGACUGGCAGGCUCUCUGUCAGUACCUCCUCUUGGAUCACACCACGUCAACCAAUCGCCCCCAGGCAUCGUCCAAACCUGUUCAACCUGGCCGUAGUAGUGUCUCCUUGGCCAACACCGACAAUGACGACUCGGCUGAUGAAGGAUCUCAACAAGACCCAGAUACAAAUCUUGGAGUGAUUGACGAUGCCUGUCAAUUGAGUGAAGCAGAGGAAAACAUAUUGGUCGAAGUAUUCGUGGCCUCUCUUAGAAAGUUCGGUUCAACCCUGACGGCAGCAGAAACUAUGAAGAUGAGGAAAAGGAAGAAGAAGCGUUUGCACCCUGAAGCAACAGACGAAGAAGGGGAACCAACGGAGGAUGAGGCAACCGUUUCUCGUCGCCUGCAAGAGUCCACCGAGGAUGAACCGGAAAACAAGGCUGAGCUGACUCGAGUGAUGAUCAGCUUGUUGCCGAAGCUUUGGUCGAAAUUCAUGACUGAUCCAGUGAAGCUGGCCGAAGUCUUCCGGAUUCCCAAGCUGAUGUCCCUGAACAUUUAUCUGGAUUUGAGGAUGGUAUCUGCAUUUGAAAAGCUAUGGGACACGAUGAUCAAACAGUAUCUCAAACAACAGCAUCUUGGUACCAUCCAAGUGAUUUCUUCUACGAUUGCACAUGUGCUGAGCGAAUCCAAGUCUCUGGAGCAUGUCAGCCAAGCUAAGAUUGUCAAGCUCCAUGGAGCUUUGCUAUCAAGUCUUAAGGAUCUAACGGCUAAUCGAUCAGACAUCGAGAAAGAUCAAUUGAGGGAGGAUGAAAUUGUUUCUCUCACCCUCCUGCUCACGAAGAUUGCUCGUCUCUUUCGCCAGAGCGAUAUGUCAUCAAGCAUUAAAAGUACCGACUCGGAUACAACAGGUUCGACCAGUCCUUAUGAAUUGAUUAAUGCUCUUGCCAAACGGGCUCAUCUAGCACAUCCGACCGAAGUUAAGCUGGUCGAGGUUGCGAUGGAAAUCCUUCAAUUAAACUUUACUUGGACGAGCGCAUCUAUAUAUCGAUUGACGCUCGCAAACGAAACAUCCAUCGGUGCUGAUCCACCGCCAGGGCCCGAGGCUGGAGGAACUUCAGCCCUGUCGGCUAAACUGGAGUACGGGGUUAUGGCCCGGGAUAACUUGGUCAAUCUCUUGGCUGAAUACGCUAUCUCUCCAAAUAGCCGCGUCAAUCGGUCAAUCAAGCGAGCUGCAUUUAUUCAUCUCUUGAACACCUAUUUACUCUGUCAAGGCACUCUAAUCCCAGAAGAUCUGCGGUUGAGAUGUACCGACGAGACCCAGGCGAAAUGUGCUAGCUUCAUCGAGCUCGAGAUUCAAAACUUCAUAGAUGAGAAAAAGGAUGAAAAAAAUCAGAUCGAAGAAUAUAACGACGAUGGGGAGAAUCAUGUGGAUAGGGAUGAUGCUGGCACAUCAAGGAAUAGCAAAAAAUCGAAGACAAAUCCGCCUCUCAAGCCUAAACUUGCAUCGCUAGCUGAUCCCACCAAAUUGAAAGUGCUCAGUGUCGAGGAACUUCACCGGAUAGAAGAGUUUGAUCUGUUGAUCACUACCUUCGCGAAAUCGAUUCGAUGUGGAUUGAUACAUUUUCAGCAUUCGGUAGUGAUCAUUCAGCAUUUCACUCGGUUUACUAAAAUCUUCGAUAUCUCCGUCGAGCUGCUCGUAGCUGCCCUCAAUGACAGCGUUUCGAAUACACCAGACCAGAUUGGUGUGGUGAUAACAUGCUUAACUGAUGUGUUCAAAGUGUCGUUUGAAUUAUAUCUUGGGAGUGAUGACUACACAGAGGAGCAGUUCAUUCGCCUUUGCCGAUUAUUGCAGUCGGUUCUUAUCCUCCGAGGUCCCCGGAUGAGCUACAAAGCCCGAUUCGAUUCCUCAUCCGCUGCCAAGUUACAUCUCGAUUGCAUCCAAUGGCUCAUCGGUAAAGCCACUGACCCCGAACCCGAACCGCCACUGAUGAAUAAACUAGGGGCCAUGUUUAGGGGCCUGGCACUCCUGCUGAUCGGCAUCGACGGUCGCUCAUGUCUCCAAAUAAAAGCCGAAACUGAGCGUCUGAUCGAAGAACGUGAACUUUCGAUACCAACGUCCAAGUCCUGGGAUCCUUAUCAACUUUACAUGAAACGGUUAAUAUCCGCGAUGGCCAAAGAUCCAAAUAUUAAGCGUGCGGCAAGGCUUGCGUUAGAGAAACGGAGUGCUAAUAUAGACCCGGCUGGGGAAGAUGGCGCUGUAAACGGAACCAGUCGCCGUCAGUUAGCUGUUAAUGAUGAUGGAGAUGAAGCCGAGAUGGGUCCGCCAAAAGCAGUGACUGGCAAGACGAAACGGAAGUCUCAGCCUCGGCCUCGGCCGAAGAAACUCAAGGCGAAGGCGCGAGAGGAGAGUUCGGAAUCGAGUGACGAACGAGCCCCGCAAAUAACGCGGGGGAAAGGAAGGGCUGAGAAAUCAGCGGAACGGCCCAGACGGCUGCGGUCUCGCUCGCCUGUGUCGUCCCGUGUGCCUAGCUCGGCGGUCUCGCGCAACCGCCGGGAAUCGUCGGUGGUGUCGGUGGUGAUUCCGAUGAUCUCGAAGCGGAAAAGACUGCUCUCGGAGCAUCGACCCCAGCCCAGCGAGUCUGGCUCGACGCCCGGCGGGUCCUCCCACAAACGCAUGCGUCUCUCCGCGGUGGUGAUCGAGAAGAUGCCCGACCAAGAGCGCAGGAAGUCCCGCAACCAAGGCGUCCACUCCUCUCACGAGCCCAGUCUUCCCCUCUCCUCCUCCUCCCGCGCCCCCCUCGAAUCACUCCCAUCCGGGAGAAGCUUCAGGCCCUCCUCGCCCCUCGAUCGUCUUCCUGCUUCCGACCACCAGCCUCGCAACUCCACCCCGCGUGAUUCUACUCCCCGCCCUCCCAAUUCCAGCCCUUCCGGAUCAGAAAUGAGUCUUGCUGCCGUCAAACGUCAAUCCCGUCGCCAACUUCAAAAAUAG